AUGCCGCGUCGUCCUCCCAAGACUGGAAAGAAGGUGGCCCCGGCCCCUUUCCCUCAGGGAAAGGCCGGCUCGAAGAAGGCUCCCAAGAACCCUCUCAUCGAGAAGCGCCCCCGAAACUUCGGCAUCGGCCAGGACAUUCAGCCCAGCCGCAACCUGUCUCGCAUGGUUAAGUGGCCCGAGUAUGUCCGCCUUCAGCGCCAGAGGAAAAUCCUCCACAUGCGCCUCAAGGUCCCUCCUUCCCUGGCCCAGUUCCAGCACGUCCUCGACCGCAACACGGCCGCUCAAGCCUUCAAGCUCCUCAACAAGUACCGCCCGGAGACCAAGUCGGAGAAGAAGGAGCGUCUCCUGAAGGAGGCCACGGCCGUCAAGGACGGCAAGAAGAAGGAGGAUGUCAGCAAGAAGCCCUACGCGGUCAAGUACGGCCUGAACCACGUCGUCGGCCUCAUCGAGAACAAGAAGGCUUCCCUCGUCCUCAUCCCCAAUGACGUCGACCCCAUCGAGCUCGUCGUCUUUCUGCCUUCUCUCUGCAAGAAGAUGGGAGUCCCUUACGCCAUCGUCAAGGGCAAGGCCCGUCUGGGAACCGUUGUUCACAAGAAGACGGCUGCCGUUCUGGCUCUGACCGAGGUCCGAUCCGAGGACAAGACGGAGCUUUCCAAGCUCGUGUCCGCCAUCAAGGAUGGCUUCAUGGAGAAGCACGACUCCGUCCGACGACAGUGGGGCGGUGGCAUCAUGGGUGCCAAGGCGCAGAUGCGGAUCGUGAAGAAGCAGAAGGCUCUGGAGGCUGCCACCAAGAUCUAA